AAGCAUUCUAAAGCGAAAGCGCCCCUGAAACGGGCUCUGCAUUUCAUGAAGAGAGUCAUUUGUAUGAGGACCAAGACCUCCAGUGGAUCACACCGCAGUGUUGGAGUCAGACUCAGGACCUUGUCCAUUCUGAGAAAGCACUCCACCAACUGAGGUACACUCAGGCCAAUUCUCAGGCUGUACUACACAUUUGUAGACAGAUCCACUUCAAGGCGCGAUGAGUUCUAGAAGGACACAGCGUAGAACAUUUGGCCUUAGGGCUAAAAUGAACUUAAGCCUGUGUUGUUGCAUUCCAAUUUUUAGACGUCAACGACAAUCCAAGAUCCAGCGCCCGGGUACCCCUCUUCCCACGGUUCUGAGAUACCCGCGGUUGGCGAGGUCAGCGGUCCCCGCACGCUGCUCUUGGUCUUCCGAAGAGGACGUCGCCGAGACAAGUCUAGGACCGGAAUGCAUGGUGGUGCCGGAGGCAGGCAGCGUCCAUUCGAGUGCUUCUGAAGAGGCGAUGCUACCAUUCGCUCCUCAGGAGGAUCCCUGGGACCAAGAAAUGGAGGUGUUCGGCAGCGGCGGUGCCAGCGGUAGCGAGCCACCACAGGUUAUGUAUACCGUGAAGACAGCGGAUGCCGAACAAGAGCGUGAAGACACAGAGGUCAAUGAUCUUAAAAUGGUUGAUGAGCCAAUGGAAGAGGGAGAACCAGAUGCUUGCCUGGAUGAAGAGGUUGAUGAAAUCCUUAUUACACAUCAUGUUAAAGAAGGAUAUGAGAAAGCAGAUCCUGCACAGUUUGAACUGCUCAAGGUUCUUGGUCAGGGAUCUUUUGGAAAGGUUUUUCUUGUUAGAAAGAAGACUGGUCCUGAUGCUGGGCAGCUCUAUGCAAUGAAGGUGUUAAAAAAGGCUUCUUUAAAAGUUCGAGACCGUGUUCGCACAAAGAUGGAGAGGGAUAUUCUGGUGGAAGUGAAUCAUCCAUUUAUUGUCAAACUGCACUAUGCCUUUCAGACUGAAGGGAAGCUGUAUUUAAUAUUGGAUUUCCUCAGGGGAGGAGAUGUCUUCACAAGAUUAUCCAAAGAGGUUCUUUUUACAGAGGAAGAUGUGAAGUUCUACCUUGCAGAAUUGGCCCUAGCUUUGGAUCAUCUGCAUCAAUUAGGAAUUGUGUAUAGAGACCUGAAGCCAGAGAACAUCUUGCUUGAUGAAAUAGGACAUAUUAAGUUAACAGAUUUUGGACUUAGCAAAGAGUCAGUGGAUCAAGAAAAGAAGGCCUACUCCUUUUGUGGUACUGUGGAAUAUAUGGCUCCUGAAGUAGUAAACAGACGAGGCCAUUCUCAGAGUGCUGAUUGGUGGUCAUAUGGAGUACUUAUGUUUGAAAUGCUUACUGGCACUUUGCCAUUUCAAGGUAAAGACCGAAAUGAGACCAUGAAUAUGAUACUGAAAGCAAAGCUUGGAAUGCCUCAGUUUCUUAGUGCUGAAGCACAAAGUCUUUUAAGGAUGUUAUUUAAAAGGAAUCCAGCCAAUAGAUUGGGAUCAGAAGGAGUUGAAGAAGUCAAAAGACAUGCGUUUUUUGAAUCUGUUGACUGGAAUAAAUUAUAUAAAAGAGAGGUUCAGCCUCCUUUCAGACCUGCUUCUGGAAAACCGGAUGAUACAUUUUGUUUUGAUCCUGAAUUUACUGCCAAAACACCUAAAGAUUCUCCUGGUUUGCCAGCCAGCGCAAAUGCUCAUCAGCUCUUCAAAGGAUUCAGCUUUGUUGCAACUUCUAUCGCAGAAGAGUAUAAAAUCACUCCUGUUACAAGUUCAAAUGUAUUACCAAUUGUUCAGAUAAAUGGGAAUGCUGCUCAAUUUAGUGAAGUCUAUGAAUUGAAAGAAGAUAUUGGUAUUGGUUCUUACUCUGUUUGCAAACGAUGCGUACAUUUAAUUUCCAACACGGAAUUUGCAGUCAAGAUCAUUGAUAAAAAUAAGCGAGAUCCCUCAGAAGAAAUUGAAAUUCUGAUGCGCUACAGACAGCAUCCCAACAUUGUCACUUUAAAGGAUGUCUUUGAUGAUGGGACAUAUGUUUACCUUGUUACGGAUUUGAUGAGAGGAGGAGAACUGCUGGAUCGUAUUCUCAAACAAAAAUGUUUCUCAGAACAGGAAGCUAGUGCUGUGCUGUAUGUAAUAACAAAGACAGUUGAAUAUCUUCAUUGUCAAGGAGUUGUUCAUCGUGAUCUUAAGCCCAGUAAUAUUUUGUACAUGGAUGAAUCAGCCAACGCAGAUUCAAUUAAGAUCUGUGAUUUUGGGUUUGCAAAACAGCUUCGAGGAGAAAAUGGACUUCUGUUAACUCCAUGCUACACUGCAAACUUUGUAGCACCUGAGGUUCUCACUCAACAGGGAUAUGAUGCUGCUUGUGAUAUUUGGAGCUUGGGAGUCCUUCUUUACACUAUGUUGGCUGGCUACACUCCAUUUUCCAAUGGACCCAAUGAUACUCCUGAGGAAAUACUCUUGCAUAUAGGCAAUGGAGAGUUCUCUUUGAGUGGUGGAAUCUGGGACAAUAUUUCAGAUGGAGCAAAGGAUUUGCUUUCUCAUAUGCUUCACAUGGAUCCACAUCAGCGUUAUACUGCUGAACAAGUAUUAAAGCACCCUUGGAUAACCCAAAGAGAACAAUUGCCAAGUGAUCAGCCAGAGACGGAUGACACACCCCAGGAAGAAGCAGCAGUGGCUUUACCAUAUUCUGUCUUGGCUCAGGCACCUUCCCAACCAAUCCUAGAGCCUGUUGCUGCUUCAAGUUUAGCUCAGAGACGCAGCAUGAAGAAGCGAACAUCAACUGGAUUGUAAGACUCAUAAUGUUCCUCAGCUAACUGGAUGAAGAGAAAAUUUAAUGUGUAUUGUGGGUUGAUUUUGUUUUGUUUAUGCCUAAUCUUCAUUCAAAGGUAUUUUUUCCUGCCACAUUACUUGAAUAUUCUGUUUAAACCUCUCUUUUUGGGAGGUUGGAAUUUUAAACAAACAUACUACAUAGGUCCAUAAUAUUCAUACUAUGUCGUUUUGCAGUAGUGUCCAAAUCUUUAACUAUAACUGAUGUCCAUAAGGUCUUAACAACUUCUCUGCACAUUAAGUCUCCAAAUUCCUUUCAAACACAGUUAACCUAUUAUUUUUCAUUAUUUUGCACAAAAUGUCUUAGGGACUCAUUAACACUAAUAAAAAUGCUUUUCAUAUGCUAUAUUCAUAAACAAUAUCAGUAUUUUUAACAUCAUUUUAUGAAGAAUAACUUUUGUUCUGAAAAGAAAAACAAGUAUUCUAGUAGCUUGUGCAUAGCCAAAGCAUUCCAUUCACUUGAGUCUGUUUAGAAACUAAAUGUAGCGAGAAUAGUUUGGUGCCGGAACAAAAUCCAUUUGUGCUAAUAUAUGAAUUACUGAUAUGAUUGGUGCCAAAGUUUUGAUAGAAUAAUUAAAUCACUAAUGUGUGCAGACAAAUUUGUAUAUUAUCCAUAAGUGGCUUCAUCUAGAGAAAGUUUCCAUAAGGCUUCUGAUGUUUUACAGCUAAUGGAAUUGUAGUAAAAUUGAAGAUGUUCUUAUCCAAAGGUCUCAUGUUGUUGUUGUAAUUUCCAAAAUAUGUCAUAGUUAAGGCUUUGAAUAUGAAGUACAUGGUGUUGAUGCAAUCUUGAUGUUACAUAAACUGACUUUGAAGUUAACCAAUUGAAUUUAAUCAUCUUUCCCCUUUAUAAGUGGAGCGACACUAUUGUAUUUCUGAUUUCCGUGUGAUUUGAGCUACAGUGUAGCAUAUUGGUCUACCUAUGGUGAUGUAGUUGAAGUUUUAUUACAGUGGACUUGUGCACUUAGCACAUAUGAUACCAUAUAAUGUAUUUCAGUAAAGCGUUAGACAGUUCUACAUACAGUUGUACUUAAAGAAGAUCUCACAUUUUAAAUAGGAAACAAUAUUAAUGAUUGACACAGAAUUUGAGCACAUUUAAAAAUUAUAUUUAUAAUAAACUGGCCAAAUUGGUUUUAUUAAAUUUAUGAUUCAGAACCAGUGUGUAAUGUGUAUUGUUUUCUUUAAAAGCUGAAAUUUUAAAAACUCAUUUUAUGUUGUUGAAGAAAAUACCAUUUUAACUACUACUACUGACAGAAAUAAUUCAUGAAUGUAAACUGGAGGAUAUCGGUUUUGCUGGUGAAUAGAAAUGUAUUACUUGUACGUGCUAGGUGUACUGUUGGUCAUGCAUUUUACUUUACUUAGUUCCUAAAGAACCGAUUACUGACUGAUUUAGGAUAGGAGACAUGUAAUGUGUUGGUACUUAAUAAAACAAACCAUAUGUAUUCUCUUUAAAAUGUAAGUGAUCUUUAUCCAUGCACAAAUAAUCUGUUUCCUACACGUGAUAUAAAAAAGUAUGUAUUUGAGUUGUCUUUUUAAAAAUAAUUGAACACUAUUAAAUAACAACUGAUCCGAUGCUACAUAAUAGCA